GGACAAAGCAAGGAUGGAGUAAUUACAGUAGUUACAGUAGUUGGUGGGAGAAGAUGCUGCAGUGGUAAUUAAUGAGUUAAUGAAAGGGUUGCCGCCUUUUUUUUUUCCCAGCCAGACGGCGGGGUUUCCUUCCCUUGGGGCGAAACCACACUGCAGACUAAUCCUCCCUGUUGCUGCUGCUGCUGCUAUUGCUACUACUACUACUCUUACUCCUACUCCUACUACCAAAUUACUCCUACUACUUACUCCUACUACUACUCUCUCCCUCCCGUCUCUCCCUCUCCCCGUCCUUCCCUCUCCCACUCCCGCAUUUACUUCUUUCUGCCUCUGCGCAUCUCCUCCCUCCCCCUCCCCCCUCCUCCCCUCCCCUUUUCUUUUUCAUCAUGGAGUGGCAACCGCAGGAUGAGCCAUUGGGCCAGUUGGCCUGCUGUCUCAGGGAUUCUUUGAACGGUUUCGAUCGCUCGGCUCAAAAACAGGCCGAACAGGUGUGUGCUUCUUUUCCCCCUCCCCCUCCCACUCUCGCAUCUGCGAAUUUCUGUCUGCCCGCUUCGACUGUUUCUCUUUCUUU